GCGAAUGGAGCAUGCGCAGGAUGAGGGCCUGCGAUGGAGGACGGUUCCUGAUCGGAUUUAAAAAUCGGUGAUUAGAAAAGGAGGACUUCCAGGCGGGAAACCGGAAACUAAACUUCACGGACAGUUCGCCCAAAGUUGUCCUAAGUGGAAUAUUGAACAUGGAAGGAGAAAGCUCCGUGUGCGGCGUAGAGAAAUCGCACGUGUGUUCCAGGUGCGGGCAAGGCUUCGCACAGUCUGACCUGUCCCAACAUAAGUGCGGUCGCACCGGGGAGAAGCCGUGGAAAUGCGCGGACUGCGGCAAGGGCUUCAGUUACCCAUGCUACCUGGAAUCCCACCAGCGCAGCCACACGGGGGAGAGGCAGUUCGCCUGCCCCGAGUGUGGGAAGCGAUUCGCUCAGUCGUCCAGCCUGCAGAAGCACCGGCGGGUCCACACCGGCGAGAGGCUGUUCCGCUGCUCGGCGUGCGGGAAGGGGUUCGCGGAAUCGUCCCACCUGCUGAGGCACCGGAGAGUUCACACCGGGGAGAGGCCGUUCGCCUGCGCCGAGUGCGGCAAGGGCUUCACCGAGCUGUCGAGCCUGCAGAGGCACCGGAGAACCCACAGCGGGGAGAGGCCAUUCUCCUGCACCGAGUGCGGCAAGGGCUUCACCGAUUCAUCCAUGCUGCUGACACACCGGAGGGUCCACACCGACGAGAGGCCUUUCGGGUGCCCAGACUGCGGGAAGCGCUGUAAGAGUUCCCGGGACCUGACGUCCCAUCGGCGGGUCCACACCGACGAGAGGCCGUUCCGGUGCUCUCGCUGCGGGGCCGGCUUCAAGACGUCGUCGGCCCUCACGAAGCACCAGCGGGUUCACACCGGGGAGAGGCCGUUCGCGUGCCCCCGCUGCGGGGCGAGCUUCAAGCAGUCCUCUCAGCUCACCGUCCACCAGCGGGUUCACACCGGGGAGAGGCCGUUUGCCUGCUCCGAGUGCGGGAAGGCCUUUGCUCAGUCGUCCCAUCUGCAGAUACACGAGCGGGUUCACUCCGAGGAGAGACCCUUCAGGUGCCCGGACUGCGGGAAGAGCUUCAAAAGCUCCGGGGAACUGAUGCUCCACCAGCGCGUUCACACCGACGAGAGGCCCUACCGAUGCUCCCACUGCGGCACCGGGUUCCGGAGAUCGUCCGACCUGGUAGAACACCGACGUGUCCACACCGGGGAGAGGCCGUUCACCUGCUCAGAGUGCGGGAAGGGAUUCACUCAGUCGUCCACUCUGCUGAGGCACCAACGCGUUCACAACAUGGAGAAACUGUGGAAAUGUGGCGACUGCGGGAAGGGGUUACGCUCCCCCUCGCAGCUGGAGAGCCAUCGUCGCAGUCACACCGGGGAGAGACCGUUCAACUGCUCGGAGUGCGGAAUGGGAUUCAGUCGGCUGUUCAACCUCCAGACGCACCGGCGCGUUCACACCGGGGAGAGGCCGUUCGCCUGCCCGGAGUGCGGCGAGAAUUUCACCAGGUCGGCUCACCUCCUGAGCCACCGGCGGGUCCACACCGGGGAGAAGCCUUUUGCCUGCUCCGAGUGCAGCAAGCGGUUCACCAAGUCGUCCAACUUGUUAAUACACCGGCGGGUCCACACGGGGGAGAGGCGCUUCACCUGCUCAGUGUGCGGCAAGGGCUUCAGCAAUUCGUCCAACCUGCUGAGGCACCAGCGGGUCCACACCGGCGAGAGGCCAUUCAGCUGCUCCCAGUGCGGCAAGGGCUUCAGCAAUUCGUCCAAUCUGCUGAGGCACCAGCAGAUCCACACCGGCGAGCGGCUCUUCAUCUGCUCCGCCUGCGGGAAGGUGUUCGCUCAGUUUCCCGCCCUCCUCAGCCACCAGCGACUUCACAAUGGAGAUAAAUGCAAAGGUGCUAUGGUGAAGCCAUGGAAAUGUGGGGAUUGUACAAAGGAAUUUCGUUCCCCAUCUGAGCUGGAAGCCCAUCGGCGCAGUCACACCGGGGAGAGGCCCUUUACCUGCUCCGUGUGUGGGAAGGGAUUCAGCAAGUCAUCCACCCUGCAGACACACCAGCGGGUCCACACCGGCGAGCGGCCUUUCACCUGCUCCGAGUGCGGGAAGGGGUUCAGUCACUCGUGGAACUUACAGACCCAUCGGCGGGUUCACAGCGGGGAGAGGCCAUUCACCUGCUGCGAGUGCGGGAAAGCCUUCAGUCGCUUGUGCAGCCUGCAGACGCACCAGCGUGUUCACACCGGGGAGAGGCUGUUCAUUUGCUCGGAGUGCGGGCAGGGAUUCACCGACUCGUCCAACCUGUGGAAGCACCGGCGAAUUCACACAGGGGAGAGGCCAUUCAUCUGCUCCAGGUGUGGCAAGGGGUUCGGUGACUCAUCCCAUCUGCUGACGCACCAGCGGGUCCACACAGGAGAGAGACCGUUCUCCUGCUCUGUGUGUGGGAAGGAUUUCACUCAGUUAUCUAACCUGCUGACCCACCAGCGAGUUCACACCGGAGAGAGGCCGUUCACCUGCUCUGUUUGUGGGAAGGGAUUCACUCAGUUAUGCAGCCUGCAGAAACACCAGCGAGUUCACAACCAGAUCCUCGACUCUGCCGCCAUAGUCCCGCUCCUGGCUCACCAGCUGGCCAACGCUGUAGCCAUUUUGCUGCCAGGACUUGGGCCUACAACGCUAAAGUCACCUCUGAAGCCGCUGCCGCUCUGGGCCUCAUCAAAACCACCUUCCUACCAACCGAGCUCUCCUGAGAAGCUUCGCCUUCAUUCACUCCGACCAAUCCCUCCAACUCGAUCUUCCAAUCCCGCCCCCCGCUUUCACGCCGGUUGGAUAGUGGAACAAUCAGUCUUCCAGCCCUGCCCCUCCGUUCACUCCGAUUGGUUUGAGGAACAGUCGAUCUCCAAGCCCCGCCCCUCUUUCGCCCCGAUUGGUGGGAUGGCCAGGCCGUCGAGUCCAGCCUUCCAGCCCCGCCCCCUCAUUCACUCCGAUUGGGUAGAGGACUGGUACGACAAGGAUGGUCCUCCAGGCCGGGCACCUUUUCCUAUUGGUCCCGUUACGCCGUCAAUCACCCGCGUACGCGACCAUGCGCAGUGCGUGUCCAAACUGGCUGGCUGGAGAUUCGGCGCCGGGGUCAGAGAGCGCCCUUUGGGAGGAGAAGGUAAGGAGCCUGCGGGGUCGGGCUGGGAGGUUACAUUAAUGCCUAACGAGGGCCUAAAAUACGGAUUAAAAUGCUGCGGUGCGACAUUUGGCGUGGCAAUGGCUGUCGGGGCUGUUAUUGAUAUUAGACCCGAGUUUGCAGCUGCCACCUGGAAAAAGCACCACAACGCAAAUACUGAAGUAAGGCUGUUCCAGUGCUUUGACUGUGGAAAGAGCUUUAAUGAAGUAAAUAGUCUGAAAAGAAUCACUUUGUUGACAGUUGGGCGAAGCUGUGCGAGUGUGUGUCAACGAGGUCUUCACCCAACCUCGAGGGAUAAGAACACAGGCAGCAUGGAGAGACCAUGGAAGUGUGAGGACUGCGGUAAGGGAUUUAAAUUUCCUUCCUUGCUGGAAAUCCAUCGGCGUACCCACAGUGGGGCCAGCGCGGCGGAGAGGCCCUGGAAGUGCGCGGACUGCGGCAAGAGCUUCGACUACCCGUCCCUGCUCCGCAACCACCAACGCAGUCACACUCAGGAGAGGCCGUGGAAGUGCAGCGACUGCACGAGGGCCUUCGCCGACCCGUCGCGGCUGGCCAGCCAUCAGCGCGUCCACACCGGAGAGAAACCGUGGCGGUGCGAGGAGUGCGGCAAGCGAUUUGAUUACCCCUCGCUGCUGGAGAACCACUGCCGCAGCCACACCGGUGAGAGGCCGUGGGAGUGCGACGACUGCGGCAAGCGGUUCAGCUACCGGCACCUCCUGAAGGCCCAUCGGCGCCACCACACCGGGGAGCGGCCCUUCCUCUGCUCGGAGUGCGGCAAGGGGUUCGCAAAGGUGGCCUGCCUCAUGAUACACCAGCGGAUCCACACCGAGGAGAGGCCGUUCGCCUGUGCCUACUGCGGCAAGAUGUUUCAGAACUCGGCCAAGCUUAACGCCCACCGGCGGGUCCACACCGGGGAGAGCCCGUUCACCUGCUCCGAGUGCGGCAAGGGAUUCGCUCAGUCCACCAGCCUGGUGUUACACCGGCGCAUCCACACCGGGGAGCGGCCCUUCACCUGCUCCGAGUGUGGCAAGGGCUUCACUCAGUCGGCCAGCCUGGUGUUGCACCAGCGGAUCCACACCGGGGAGAGGCCGUUCAGCUGCUCCGUGUGCGGGAAGAGAUUCAGGCGCUCCUCCACCCUGGCUGCCCAUCGGCGUGUGCACACCGGGGAGCGGCCCUUCACCUGCUCUGCGUGCGGCAAGGGAUUCACCCAGUCAGCCAGCCUCAUGUUGCACCAGCGGAUCCACACCGGGGAGAGGCCCUUCAGCUGCUCUGUGUGUGGGAAGCGAUUCAGGCACUCGUCCGAUCUCACCGCCCACCAACGCACUCACACCGGCGAGAGGCCGUUCGCCUGCUCGGUGUGUGGGAAGGGAUUCACUCGGUCACGCUACCUGCUGAAACACCAGCGAGCACACAAGUGACCGCAAGAGAUCAAACUCUGCUGUCACUUGCCACUUUUAAUCACCUCGGGACCGAGAAUGUAUCAUGGCAAAUAACCCUCAGACAGUCCAAUCGCUUUUGCUCCGGAAAACUGACCUCGGAUUACUCCGGAAGGGUAAAAUCUCUGUAAUGUUUGAGGAACACGUGAUUAGCUAAGCAAAAAAACAAAGUGAAAGAAGUGGAAAACAGAAACAAGAACAGGAGCUUGCUGGAAAAGCUCAGCAGGUCUGUGGAGAGAAAUUAGACUUAACGUUUCGGGUCCGGUGACCCUUCCUCAGAACGUGAAGCUAGCUGUUGUUCAGUUGCAACACAAGUGGAGUUCACUUCUAACCGGACUCUGCUGUCAGACCACAUUGUUUGUUACACACGUGAGAAAUUUGGUAUGUCAGUUUCAGUGCCGAUGUGGUGCCAACUACUUAAGGCUGUACAUCCCAAAGACGUGCGGAGCAUAUCAAACAACUUUUGACUGUUUUCAGAAAACAAGGUAGUGGCCAUAUCCAGCCAGCUGACUCUCGAACGCAGUGUCCAGUGUGAGAUGUCAUUCUGCAACUCGACAACAUUAGCUGAAUAAUCCUGAGCUUUGUAAAGAAUUACGUUGACAACCGACUUUCAGUUUUUCUGUCGUUCUCGUGGCAGCCGUACACUUGCAAUUGGCCUCCUAACCUCACUCCUUUUACACUGUUCUUUUUAUUUCAACAUUGACUGCCUGCCGGGAGACGAAACAACGCACAGGGUGGGGGAAUCGGGUCUUUUUGCUGCUGUGGAGAUGGGCAGCAGCGAUGAUCUCCGUUGUCUCCGGCAGGAAGGAAGUUCAGGUUUCCCGGAUGCCAACCGGGAAAAUGGGACCCCAGUGCGCGGCAAACAAUUUGUCGACCCGCCGUGGGAUGAAGUGGACCGCGACCAGGGAAGCUGGGGAGAGAUUGGAACGAACAGUAAAACGUUGACCCGGUCACUGGCCACAACCGGAUCAUCUGUUCCCUCGAUGGUUCGAUUUUGUACUCUCGAUCGCUCCACUGCUCUCUGGGUGGUGGAGGACACUGAGAAAUUGUUCCAAUCUGACAAGGUGACGUGCUGUUACUUCUGCCGUAACUUGCUGCUUUGGGUCAUGAUGCAAUUGCAGCCAUUUAGGGCAUCGGUAUUUGUAAUUGGUGGAGGGAGCGAAGUCAAACCCAACACCACGUUAGAAUAGAAUUCCAUGGAGUCGGCCAACGGGAAUCAUCGGAUUCUGAACACGGAAGGAUCGUACACGUGUUCCCUGCGCACUCGGAGCUUUGACCAACCGUCUGGCCCUGUCGGAACACAAAUGCGGUCACCGCGGCCAGGGAUGGUGGAAAUGUGGAGUCUGCUGGGAGGGGCUGCAAAUUCACCGGGCGCUGCCACGCUGGGAAGAGGCCGUUCUCCCACUCUGAGCGCAGCAAGCAAUUCGUUGAGUUGUCCCAUCUCGUGAUACACCGGCGGGUUUCACACCGAGGAGAGAUCCUGACUGUGGGGAAGUGCUGCAAAAGCUUCAGGGAGGGAGCUCAAGUCCCACCAGCAGGUCCACACCGACGUCAGGCCUUUCCGGUGCUCCCUGCUGCGGGGCUGGGUUCGACCGAUCUUCUCACCUAGUCGCCCACCAGCCAGUCAUACAGCACGGAAGCAGACCCUUCGGCCCAACUCGUCCAUGCCGACCAGGUUUCCUAACCCAAUCUAGUCCUGUUUGUCUGCGCCUGGCCCACAUCCCUCUUAAACCCUGCCUGUUCAAGUCCCUGCCCAAGUGUCUUUUAAAUGUUGUAGUUGUACUAGCCUCCACUACUUCCUCUGGCAGCUCGUUCCAUACACGCACCACCCUCUGCCUGAAAAAGUUGCCCCUCAGGUCCCUUUUAAAUCUUUCUCCUCUCGCCUUAAACGUAUGGCCCUCUCAUUUUGGACUCCCCUACCCUGGGGAAAAAAGACCUCUGUUGUUCACCUUAUGUAUGCCCCUCAUGAUUCUAUAAACUUCUAUAAGGUCACCUCCUCAGCCUCCAACGUUCCAGUGACAAAAGUCCCGGCCUAUUUUCCUAACUCAAACUGAAAGCAUUUAGGGUCUCUGGUUCUACCGUCAACUCAGCCAGCGAUUUCCAGACGCCCACCCACACCCUCUGUAAAAAUGUUUUUCCUCAUGUUCCCUCUAAUCCUCUGCCACUUGACCUCUGGUUUUUGAACUCUGCCGGGGCGACCAGAAUUUUACGCAGUAUUCCGUACGUGGCCUGACCAAUGUCUUGUAGAGCCGCAACAUGACAUCCCAACUCCUGUACUCAAAUGAUGAAGGUAAGCGUGCCAAACGCCUUCUUCACUGCCCCGUCUGCCUGUGAUACCACUUCCAAGUGAUCGCAGGAGCUGGAACGUUCUGUUUACUACACCCAGGACGCAGCCACAUUUCACUGAAACGCUGGUUCUGCUGAAAUGAAUAAAGUCUGGCCCGCUCGCUGGUUUUUGUUCUUUUGGAUGGAAGUGAAAAUAAAUCAGAUUUGUGUCAAA